CAAGCGCCCCACAUACAGUAACACUAGCGGUAAGGCUUAAGCACACAUCGUUACCGGUUCUACUGUUUGGCUGCGGAGAUGCAAAACAGCAAAUUUCACAGAUGGAGAACUCCUACAUCUGCUGAUAAGAAGCAACGCCGAGAAGGGUGAACACAAGAAACUACAAAAACUCUGGGACAAAGAGCCGAGGGUGAUAUGGCCGACCUGGUGCCAGGACUACUCAUUUGUUUGAUGGCAGUGCAGACCAUUCAACAUGAUGGAAAUAGAACCGAGACAAAAACCAAUAUUCCAACCGGUGUGAUACCAAAAACCUUCAGGGGGAGGUUGUACAAAGUAAAUCACACAAACCAGCUGCCGCUCUAUCCCAGCACAGACCCGCUGCUGUAUGUAAACUCAGAGGAUCCAGUGACAGCCUACACCACAGGGGUCCUCAGCACCAGGGUCAUACCUUUAUCAUACAUCCUGGCCAUGCUUGUGGGUAUCCCCUCCAACGCCUACAUCCUGGCCUUCCUCAGACUCAGACUCGGAACAAAGUCCAUGUCCACAGUAAUUCUUUACCUGAACCUGGCCUUGUCCGACCUGCUGCUGCUGCUUUCCCUGGCACUGCGUGUCCACUACCACUUCAACGGGAACAACUGGGUAUUUGGGGAAUUCUCCUGCCGGCUUGUCACAGCCUUGUUUUACGGUAAUGUUUACAAUUCGGCUCAAACUAUAGCAUGCAUCAGUCUGAAGCGCUACGUGGCCGUGGUCAGACCGUUUUUGUACAGACGGCUGGCAAAGACUACACUGGCAGUGUGGACAUGCUUGGUAGUCUGGCUCCUGUUUGGGGCCGCUGUCGUGCCUGAGUUGCUGGUCAGGCAGAGCUACCAGGUUACCCAGCUGGGAGUCACCACCUGCCACGAUGUUCUUCCCCUCGAAGAAAAGUCACAUUCCCCAUUGGUGCCAUACAGGCUGAUGCUGGUUUGUCUGGGCUUCAUAGUGCCCUUUCUGGUUUGUAUCUAUGCCCAUGUGGCGGUGGUAUACCACCUUGGACAAUCUCGUUGUGACUGGAGGCCAUUUGUUAAAGUCAGCACGCUUGUUUUCAUCAUCUUUGUGGUGUGCUUUUUGCCCAGCGGCAUCCUGCACAUCGCCCACUAUAUCCGCUUGUUUUCCAGUGGAGACGACAGACUGUACGGAUACUACAGAGUAGCGGUGUGUCUGUGCUGCUUCCACAGUUGUCUGGACCCCUUCCUGUGUAUGCUCAUUUCCAAGAUGGCAGCCUCAGAACUACAAUUCAUCUCCCUCCGCGGGAUACCUCAGAGGUCGCCUGUUAGGAUGUGAGACUGGCUGUUUGUGUGUGCACAGAAAAAAGCAUCAUAUUUCUGGGCCAUUGUUGGGAACCAGCAGGGAAGCACAAAAACAAAGAUGUGAAAGUUUAACUGGACACUGUGAAUUCAUCAUGAUGAUACUGCAGUCUCUGCUGCAGUCGGUCCAUAGUAAGUUUUAGGAAUAUCAGGAUCAGACUUAUUCUGUCAACCCAGAAAAAUCUAAGAUUAGAUUGCUUUAUUGCAAGAGGAAAUUAAACACAAAAACAUGUUAUUAACAACACUGCCAUGAAGGUUUUGAGAAAGUGAGAAUAUUUUAAUAAAUAGAAAU